UGGAAGCUGCGGCGGCAGCGGAGGCUCUGCUGCGGGUGCGGUGGGUUCGGUCCCGGCGCGGGUGCUGCUCUCCGGCGCGGGCCCCACUCUUCCGCACCCUGCUCCGGCCUCGACCACGGCGAGCCUGAGCGCGGCGGCGGCCCACCCGCGGCGACGGGGAGAGAUGAGCAGCAACAGCAAUAAGAGAGCUCCAACGACAGCAACGCAGAGACUGAAGCAGGACUACCUUCGCAUUAAGAAAGACCCGGUGCCUUACAUCUGUGCUGAACCCCUCCCUUCAAAUAUUCUUGAAUGGCAUUAUGUUGUCCGAGGCCCUGAGAUGACUCCUUAUGAAGGUGGCUAUUAUCAUGGAAAGCUAAUUUUCCCCAGAGAAUUUCCUUUUAAGCCUCCUAGUAUUUACAUGAUAACUCCCAAUGGAAGGUUUAAGUGCAACACGAGGCUGUGUCUCUCCAUCACGGAUUUCCACCCAGACACAUGGAACCCAGCCUGGUCUGUCUCCACCAUUCUCACAGGGCUCCUGAGCUUCAUGGUAGAGAAGGGCCCCACUCUGGGCAGCAUAGAGACUUCAGACUUCACGAAAAGACAACUGGCAGCACAGAGUUUAGCAUUUAAUUUAAAAGAUAAAGUCUUUUGUGAAUUAUUUCCUGAAGUUGUGGAGGAAAUUAAACAAAAACAGAAAGCACAAGACGAACUCAGUAGCAGGCCCCAGACUCUCCCCUUGCCAGAUGUGGUUCCUGAUGGCGAGACACACCGUGGACAGAAUGGGAUCCAGCUCCUCAACGGGCACGUGCCAGGGGCCGGCCCGAACCUCGCUGGGCUCCCUCAGGCCAACCGACACCAUGGACUCCUGGGUGGCGCCUUGGCGAACUUGUUUGUUAUAGUUGGGUUUGCGGCCUUUGCCUACACGGUCAAGUACGUGUUGAGGAGCAUAGCACAGGAGUGAGGCGCAAAAGCCACAGCCCACAGUUGCUGCCGAGGGACGCAGGCGCCAGAGCUGGACAUGGGCGGGCUGGACAUGCUGCCAAGUGCAGGGUGGCCUGCUGGACUCCUGGGUUUCAUUUUUUAAAAACCUUUAAAAGAAAGCAAAAACCAAAAUGUGUGAUUUGGAGGAGAUACAAGAUUCUCAGUUCCCUCUUCUCACCCUGGUGUGGUAUGGGGCUGGUGUGGAUGAGGGCCACUCACGCUUUGGUUUAUAGCUUAUCUCCUUAUGUUGUCUUUUGACCUGUUUAGUAAACCUGUUUUUCAUUUUAUUAGAUUUGGUCACUUAAAAAUAUAAAACU